UAGGUGGUUAUUUACAAUACUGAAUUAGCUAACACUUUCGCUGCUUAAGGUAUUCAGUUACCUUUUAACUACGUAGUUGCUGUGUACUACAGUUUAUUUUGGAAAAGGAAAAGGAACAUCACAUUAGGAUCCGUGUCUAUAAAUUGAACCACUUAACGUGCAGUUAUGGCACAUUUUCUCUGAAUGAAAGUCGGAGCACAUACAUUUGGAUGUUUACCACAAAGACACGCUAAAGAGUUAACCCAGUGCAUUAUAUGCUGAUUUGGACUCAAUUCGUCUUAUGAGCGAACUCCACGGUGGUUUCCGUGCAUAAUUUAUUUUUCCCCUGUCAGACCGCAGGGGAUGAAGGCGACAGUUGAGAUGUAGCUCGCUGUUCCGGAGGUCUUCGGGUGUUUGGAUCUGUGGCCGCGUGGUUCCGUUUUCCAUUCGCUGGGGCUGUUCAACGUGCGAAUAUUGACAGUCUCCACACCGCGAUACGAAGCUGGACGGUAGGAACGGCGGGGAGAGCAACUGUCAAAUAUUUUUGACAUUUUCCCUGGAGGAGGAGGGGGCACCGGGCGGACAGUGCACGAGUUUGUCAUUACCACCGUCUUCAACACGUUUUGUCACAAAGCUUCCGUAAAAGAAACGACUUUGUAUUGACAAACAUGACAUCGGUUUGGAAGAGACUUCAACGCUCUGGCAAGAAAGCCUCGAAGUUUCAUUUCGCAGCGUCCUACCAAGAGCUGGUGAUAGAGUGCACAAAUAAAUGGCAGCCGGACAAACUGAGAGUGGUGUGGACCCGGAGAAACAGGCGAAUCUGCUCCAGGCUUCACGGAUGGCAGCCGGGGAUCCAGAACCCCUACAGGGGGAUGGUCAUGUGGCAGGUGCCCGAAAGCAUAGACAUCACCGUCACCCUCUUUAAGGAUCCCGGUGCCGAGGAGUUUGAAGACAAGGACUGGACCUUCGUCAUCGAGAAUGAGUCGAAGGGCCGCAGGAAGGUGCUGGCGUCCGCGAACGUGAACAUGAAGACGUACGCCACGGCCACGCCCUCCCAGGUGGACCUGGUGCUGAAGCUGAAGCCGCUGUCCGUCAAGGUGGUGGAGGCCACGCUGAAGCUGUCGCUGUCCUGCGUCUUCCUGAAGGAGGGCAAGGCCACAGAUGAAGACAUGCAGAGCUUGGCCAGCCUGAUGAGCCUGAAGCAGAGCGACAUCGGCAACCUGGACGACUUCAACGACAGUGACGAGGAGGACGAGAGGAGGGUCGGUGCGGGGUCACGGCUGCUCACCGGCGCCACAGAGCUUCAGAGGCAGCUAAGCACACUGAUGGAGGAAGAGAACUUCAGCUCCUCAACUCAGAGCCUACAGGAGGCAGCGCCACCCCUUUCCAUCAGCCGGCCAGAGGCCUCCCGUCGUGUGGGCAGCAUCAGCAUCGCCAAUGUCAACCAGCGUCCUGCCCCAGCUGCCGAGAGCCCCCCAUUGGUCAAACCCGUUCCUACUUCUGAGCUGAGAACCAAUGACAGGAGGCAGGAGGCCGGGCCAGGUUUUGGAUUUGAGGCCUUCACUCCGACAGCAGGCCCUGAAAAUAUGGCUGCUCUGCAGCCAUCUUGCCCAAGAGCUGCUAGUGUCCCUGGAUUCCCAUCCUCAAAGGUGCUGGACACAGUUGAUGGUACUCAGGUUGAAGGCUGGCCAGUGGGCAACAAACCUUUCCUGGAGAAGCCAGUAAGAGGGAAGCCAGAAUUGAAGCUUCAGAGGAGUCAAGUCUUGGAGAAAUCACUCAAAGAACAAGAAAUGUUCAAACACAUGAUGCUAAUGGUACCGGCUUGCCCACAAAUAACCAGUGUACCUGGUUUUCCAUCCACAUCAUGUUACAAAUCAACAGAUUUAUGGGAGGAAAAGUCCAGAAGUAUGCAUGCUACUCUGCCGUCUUGUCCAAAAGUUGCCCGUACACAAGGGUUUCCUUCCAUACAGAUACCCAUUACAGGAGAAACUCAAGUGAACAGAAACCCACUUUGGAAGAUCCCUGAGAAGAGGAAACAAGUGGUCUAUUCUCAAGAACUUGAGAGGCCACACAAUGACAAAGAAAUUAUGAAAAAUAUGUUUGUUCUGGCGACAACUUGUCCAAGAGCAGCUAGUAUUCCUGGAUUCCCAUCCAAACCGUGGUGCAAGCCAGAUGAAGGACAGGCCAGGUUACAAAUGGUGAAUCUAUUUCCAGUUUGCCCAAGAGCAGCCGGUGCAUCUGGUUUCCCUUCUAAACAGACUAAGAUGUCAGAAGGUACCCGUGCAGAAGGCUGGUUUACGGACAAGAAGGUAUUAUGGGAAAAUUCAAAGAGAUCAAAACAUGCCCUUCAGUCUUCUGCAACUCCAUGGAAAUUACCCUUAGGGAAAGAAACCAUUAAACUCAUGGUGUAUCUUCUGCCAACUUGCCCAAGCAUAGCUCGUGUUCAUGGCUUUCCAUCUGCACCUCGAAAUAAAGGAGCAAAUGAUUUGAUGAACAAGACAACAGGCAUGAUGAAUCUACUGCCGUCUUGCCCAAGACAUGCAAGCAUUUGUGGGUUUCCAUCCACAACUAUGCCAGACAGAGAGGAAGCUAAAACAAACGAAUGGCUAGCAGGCAAGAGGCUCUUUUUACGGAAGCGUGUAAGAAUGAGACCGGAAUUGAGCUUCCAUGCUCUUCCAGCCUGUGGAAUGUCACUCACUGGCAAAGAAGAACUGAACCGAAUGGUGGCUAUGGCGCCAUCCUGCCCUUGUGUAGCCCGUACCACCGGCUUUCCCUCUGCACCCAGAUCUAAAGCGACAUGUUUUAGGGGGCAGAAGGUUCGAUGUAUAGUCAACAUUCUUGAAUCUUGCCCGAGGGCUUCCGGUGUGCCUGGACUUCCAUCCAUACAGAUUCUGCACGCGGAUGAACAGAUGAGUAAGUGGCAAGAGAGAAAGAAACUACUGUGGGAGAAACCGAAGAAAAAGAGAUUAUUACUUUAUGCUUUACCACACCAUAUGUCAUUCAAAGACAUAGAAAUCCUAAAGAGAAUGGUUGCUCUAGUGCCUUCCUGUCCUCAUGUAGCUAGUGUCCCUGGCUUUCCAUGUAUAGCGCAAUCCAGAGCUACUAAUAUCCAGAUAAAAAAGGAUCAUAGUAUGGUAAAUAUCCUUCCGUCUUGCCCAGGAGUUGCGAGGGUGCCUGGCUUUGCAUCAAAAAAUGUUCAAUACACCAAAAAAGAUGCAGCGGCGGAGUGGAGAUUAGACAACAGGCCUUUGUGGUUGAAGCCAGAAAAGGAAACCAUGUUUUUAUCAGAGGCACUGGGUGCAUAUGGAGACAAAGAAUUUAUUAGAUGUAUGACUAAUUUGGCACCAUGUUGUCCAAGAGCAGCUAGUAUUCCUGGAUUCCCAUCCAGACCACUUUGCAAAUCAGAUAAAACACAAAUAGGGUCGCUGAAAAUGGUGAAUCUCUUUCCGGUUUGUCCAAGAGCAGCCAGAGUAUGUGGUUUUCCUUCUAGUCAAACAGCGACGUUACUGGAGACUAAUGCAGAAAGAUGGCUUAUGUACAAGAAGCUAUUAUGGGAAAAUGCAAAGAGGUCAAAACAUAUUCUUUGGUCUACAUUUCAAUAUAUUUUUCCAUUAGAUAAAGAAACUAUAAAAUGCAUGGUGUCGUUAGUGCCAACCUGCCCAAGUGUAGCUAGUGUGCCUGGCUUCCCAUCUGUACCUUCAUCUAAAGCAACAUGUGAACAAACGGAGAAGACAAAAGGUAUGGUGGAUCUUCUGCUAUCUUGCCCAAGAUAUUCCAGUAUUUGUGGUUUUCAGUCUAUAAUGGUGCCUGGAGAGGAGGGGCAGAUUGAAGAGUGGCUUGGGAAGAGAAAGUCUUUGUGGGAGAAGUCAGGGAGGGAACUAAUUAAUUUAACCCAACAAACCAAUGUAGAUAUGGAUAGAUUGUAUGAAGAUAACAAAGUUAUUAAAAGUAUGGCAUAUCUGUUACCGUGUUGUCCAAGAGUAGCCAGUGUUCCUGGUUUCCCAUCUGCUCCACAGCCUAAGAUGAAGGAAGCCUUUAACAUGGUAAAGCUUUUACAGUCGUGCCCUAAUUUAGCCAGUGUUCCUGGCUUCCCAUCAAGAAAAGCUAACAAGGCUGAGGUAGAAGAAUGGUCAGAGAGCAAAAAGAUAUUAUUAAAGAGGCCACUGAGAGUGAGGUCAGAAAUAACUGUACAAACUACACAAUACGUGGAGAGUUCACAGAAAGAUGAAGAACUGUUGAAAAGUAUGGUGGCUUUGGCGCCAUGUUGCCCCCAAGUUUCCAGUGUUUUUGGCUGUCCAUCUGCACCACAAUCCAAAGUGGCAGAUUUUCAGAUAAAGCAGAAUCAUUGUAUGGUAAAUAAUAUGUUGUCUUACCCAAAGACGUCCACAGUUCCUGGAAUUCCAUCCAUACAGAUAUUGAACGCUGGGGAAGUUCAAGUAGAAGAGUGGCCUGUAGAUCAGAAAGCAUUGUGGGAGAAGCCUGAGAAGAAGAGAUGUCUGUUUUCUUCUUCGACCAUUGAGAUGUCACACAAAGACAAAUACAAUAAUAAAGGUGUGGUGGAUCUGCUGCCAUCUUGUCCAAGAGUUGCUAGGAUUCCAGGUUUUCCCUCUGCUCCGCACCCCUCCUCAAAGGAGACUGCAAAUAUGAUAAGCUUUAUAGCGUCUUGUCCAGUAGUUUCUACUAUUCCUGGAUUCCCAUCAACAAAUGCCAAUGACGGUCUGGUAGAAGAGUGGGUAGUGGAUAUGAGACCAUUGUGGGUAAAGCGAGUGGAGAAGGAACUUGCCCUAGAGUUUUCUCCAGUCCUGGAUAGCUCAGCUGAGAGCACAGAAAAAAUAAAAAAUAUGGCAACUAUUGUGACAUGCUGCCCAAGACAAGCUAGUAUUCCUGGUUUUCCAUCUCUAUCAUGCCCGAAAGCAGAGGAGUUCCAUGAAGGCAAGGUCUUAAAUAUGGUUAACUUUUUACUAUCAUGCCCACAAAUGGCAAGCAUUCUUGGUUUCCCAUCCAAAAAGGGUUCUAGCCCAAAGGAGGCCCAAAUGGAACAGUGGGUGGUUUACAAGGGGACACUUUGGGAUAAACCACCAAAGGGGCGGCUGGUACCGAUCCUGAAUUGGGGUGAAACAUGUGAAGACACAAAAGUUUUGAAAAGUAUGUCUGCUCUGUUGCCAUCUUGCCCACGUCUGGCUAGCGUUCCUGGUUUCCCAUCUGCAACACAGCUCAGAUCAGGGAAGGCUGAAGUGGAGGAGAAGCAGUUGAUGGUGGCAGCUGUACCGCCAUCUUGUUUAGAUGCAGCUCAAGCCAUUCACCUCCCUUCUAUGCAAUCAGCUAAAUCAGACGAGGAUGGAAUAGGAGAGUGGCCAGCGGACAAGGUGUCACUUUCCGAAAAGCCAGUAAAGAAACAUCCUGCAUGGGAUCUGCAGUCUUCUCUUGCCCUCCAGGAGUUAGGUGCUGGCAAAGGAACAAGUAUGGGGGUGGAACCUGAAUCUCAGACCUUUGCUAUUGUGACUGUGCCCUGUCAGACAGAAAGCACACCAUAUGCGAUCAUGGACAGUUGUAAAGAACUCAGAUCUGACUUAGUAUUGAGAUUUGAAGACAUAAAGGAGAAGUUAGGGUUUGGGGCUGGAUCAGAGGACCCAGAAGGGGGCGCUUUUGAAAUGGGGCACUUGCACUGCAGAAUCUGGCACCCUGCACCGGCAGAUUUGCCUUUAUUCUUGACCGUAAGAGCAAGCCCCAAAGGUGUCCCUUCUGACCCUUCUGGGUCCGUCCUGCGUUAUAAGGCUGAGAAGCGAAAGGAAAUGAGCUCAGAUACCGCCCUGAGAGCCCCCGAGGUACCCCAGCGCCCCUGUACCCCUCGUCCCUGCGCGUUUGAACCCGAGACCCUGUUCGGCCCUGCGGCGGAGUCCCGGGCUCUGGGGGAGCUUGCCCAUGGCGGGACCGCGACUGCAGACGGGGAGGAAAUCUGCGAGGGGAACGAGCUGCCUAACGCCGCGGCCUUGUCCGUGGCCGAGAGCCCACUGCUGGGAGAAUCGGGCGGGAAAGCUAAGGGAGAAGAGUUAAAGCCAGGCUCUGGGUUAGAGGCCAUGAAGGUGGAGACAGUUGCCAUGGUGAGGCAGGUGGAAAUGUACGGCGACAUACUGGAGGCUGUAGGGGAAUACAUGAAACGGGGACCGGAAAGCAUGGCCACUUUGCUGCCAUCUUGCCCAAGAGUGUCCAGUAUCCCUGGGUUACCAUCCAUAAAGGUGUCCAGCAUUGAGGAAGCUCAGUUAGAACAGUGGCUGGCAAACAAGAGGCUUUUGUUUGAAAAACCAAAGAGACAGAGACCAGAAAGGAUGUUACAUGUUUCUCCAGGCCUAAAGAGAUCACUCAAAGAUAAAGAAAUGUUGAAAAGAAUGGGUGCUUUACUGCCAUCUUGCCCAUAUACAGCUAGUAUCCCUGGCUUCCCAUCAGCACCAAAACCUAAACUAGGUGAUCCAGAGAAGGCUCCACGUAUGGCCAAUAUCCUGUCAUCCUGUCCACAUGUUGCCAGUAUUCCAGGGUUUCCAUCCUCAAAGACACCAAGUAGAGGGUACUCUCAGGUGGAAAAGUGGCCAGUGGAUAAGAAACUAUUGUGGGAGAAACCUGAGAAGAGGACAGUGCUUUCUUCUCCAAGCCUCGUGAGGCCACAAGAAGACGAAGAAGCUCUGGCAGGUAUGUUGACUCUAGUGUCAUCUUGCCCCGAAGUAUCCAGAAUCCCCGGCUUUCCCUCUGCUCCUCGGUCCAAAGCAGGUAAUGUCCAAGAGAAAGCUCACAACAUAGUCAAUAUUCUGCCAUCUUGUCCAAGAAUUGCCAGUGCACCGGGGUUUGCAUCGACACACAUUUUAAAUACAGGGGAAGUGGGAGUAGACAGGACAUCACUCUGGGAGAAGCCUGAGAAGAUUAGACAAUUGUUUUCUUCUCCAAAGCUUGAGAAAUCACAGACAGCCAAAGAAAUUAUGAAAGGUAUGGUCACUUUGUUACCAUGUUGUCCUGAAGCAGCCAGUGUUCCUGGAUUUCCGUCUGCACCACGGUCAAAAGCAAUAGACGUACUGCAACAGAAGAGUCAGAAUAUGGUCAAUAUUCUUCCAUGUUGCCCAAGAUCUGCUAUGCUGCCUGGCUUUGCCUCAACACAGAUUCUGAGUAAAAGAGAGGACCAGCAGCUGGAAGAAUGGAAAUUGGACAAAACCACAUUAUGGGAUAAACCUGCAAGGAAAAGAUCAUUAUUAAUUUGUCAAAACACUGAGAGAUCACACAAAGAAAUAGAAAUUAUGAAAAGAAUGUUCGCUCUGGUUCCAUCUUGUCCCAAAUUAGCUAGUAUUCCUGGAUUUCCAUCUGCCCCCCACCCUGAAGCAGCAGUUACUCAAAUACUGAAGACUGAAAGUAUAGUAAAUAUUCUUCCAUCUUGUCCAGAAGUUGCCAGUCUACCUGGAUUUCCAUCAGUCAGAGUAUCUGAUACAGACAAGGCCCAGGUAGAAUACUGGCAAGUCAAUACAAAACCAUUGUGUGGGAAACCUAAGAGAAAGAGGCAAAUGCUGACUCAAGUUCUUUCUCCAUCAUUAGAUAUGAAAUGUGAAGGUAUGUCAGCUUUGACUCCAUCUUGCCCAAGUGUUGCUAGUAUUCCUGGAUUCCCAUCUGCACCACAGUCUAAAGCAGCAACAACUCUGAUGAAGAAAACUAAAAAUAUAGUAAAUAUUCUUCCAUCUUGUCCAGAGGUGUCCAGGAUACCUGGAUUCCCGUCAGUUAAAGUAUCUUAUACAGACAAGGCCCAGGUAGAACGCUGGCAAGUCAGUAAGAAACCAUUGUGUGAGAUGUCUGUGAAAAAGAGGCAAAGGUUGUCUCGGUUUCUUUCUCCCUCAUUAGAUAUGAAAUAUGAACGUAUGUCAGCUCUGACUCCAUCUUGCCCAAGUGUUGCUCGUAUUCCUGGAUUCCCAUCUGCACCACAACCUAAAGCAGCAACAACUCUGAUAAAGAAAACUCAAAAUAUAGUAAAUAUUCUGCCAUCUUGUCCAGAAAUUUCCAGGAUACCUGGAUUCCCAUCAGUGAAGUUAACAGAUACAGACAAGACCCACAUAGAAUGGUGCCAUAUUGAUAAGAAUCCAUUAUGUGGAACACCUGUGAAAAAGAGGCAAAUGAUGACUCAAGUUCUUUCACCAUCAUUAGACAUUAUGACAUGUGAUGGUAUGCCAGCUCUGACUCCAUCUUGCCCAGGUGUUGCUAGUAUUCCUGGAUUCCCAUCUGCGCCACAGCCUAAAACUGCGGACGUGAAAGUGGACAGGUUAAUGAGUAUGGUGAAUUUCCUGCCAUCCUGUCCAAGAACUGCCUGUAUGCCUGGGUUCCCAUCAACAUAUUUCCCCAAGAGUGAAGAACAGUGGCCCGUGGACAAGACAGAAUUAUGGAGAAGACCUGACAAGAACAUAUCAAUGGUUUCUUUUUCAACUCAGAAGUCACACACAGAUUUUUGGAAAGACAUGUGGACUAUGGUGCCCUCUUGCCCAAGAUUAGCCAGUGUUCCUGGAUUCCCUUCUGCGCCUCGGCCUAAAAUAUACGCUGUCUGCAAAAAGAAGACUGUAAGUAUGGUGGACCUUCUACCAGCUUGCUCAAGAGUCGCAAGCAUCCCAGGAUUCCCAUCGACAAAGUUACCUAAUAUUGAGGAGGCCCACAUAGAUGUGUGGCAAAUUGACAACAAGCCAUUAUGGGUGAAGCAAAAGAAGGAAGGGCUAGCACUAGACUUAGCUCUUGAUCAAAAAUAUGAUGACAGAGAAAUUACAGAUGGUAUGCCCGCUCUGACGCCAUCUUGCCCACAUGUAGCCAGAAUUCCCGGGUUUCCCUCUGCCCCACAGAUCAACAAUACAAAGGGCAAUAUAGUGGAAAAGCAGACUAUGACUUCUCUACUGCCAUCUUGCCCAAGGUCUAGUCUCAUUCCUGGAAUUCCUUCAAGAGAGCCGGUGAAAUCUGACAAAGAUGGAAUCAAAGACUGGCAACUGUGCAAGACAGGGAUGGCAGAGUAUAAACUGAAGAAAAGGCAUGUAGGGGAUCUGCUGUCCCUGUCAGCAAUACAGACAUCAGAUGAAAAUGGAGAAAUUUUUAAAAAUGUUGCUCUGGCACCAUGUUGCCCUGGACAAGCUAGUGUUCCAGGCUUCCCCUCAAGACGACCAAGCAGAUCAGAGGGAGGUGUUGAGAAAGUGAGCGUGGGCUUUGUGUGGCCAGACGAAGGCCCCCUGGAUACAGUAUUCUCAAGGAAGCCCACAUCAGAGGAUGUCCAGAUGGUUGUAAAAAUGGGCACAGAUGUGGAUCCCAUUGAUAUUCCUCCCGAAUUUCUCAGCAGCUUUAAAAUUGAGCCAUUUUCCCAGGCCCAGUGUUCCCAGAAGGAAGCACGGGCUGUGUUGGGUCAUGCCUUAAAUCCUGGAAUAAGUGGUGAAAAUGUUUUUCAAGAUAGAGAGAGUCCCCUCAAGCCUUCCCCUUUCACUGCUGACCAGUCAGAGAGUCAAUGGGCAGUGGAAGAGGAUGAUAAUGAGCCAGCAUUAGAUCUGGCUUCAGAGUGGGAGGUAGUUGAGGUAGAAGGCUUGGAAGAAGAAGAGGAUGAGGAUGAGGAGGAGAAGGUUGAAUCUGUCGGCAUAAUGGGAGCGUUUUUUGGCGUUUUUCACAGAGGUUAUGAGACAAUGGCUUCAAUAUUGCAGUCAUCUGGCUCAGAUGAUCUUGCAGACAGCCCUAAAGACAGCUCUUCAGGAGAGCCAGAGGCUUUGUUCCCCCAACCUGGGACUCUGUCACCUGAAGACCAUUGUAGUCCUUCUGACAAGUCCUCAAGGUUUAGGGAGGAACCAGAAGAGAAAGAGGUACCCGGGCAUGAGGAGGUUGCCAAGGAUGAUUGGAUGGAACACACUGCUGCUGCUGAACCAGACACAUGUGUCCUGGAAGAGGAAAUGAGAGGAGAGGAAUCUCAGUCUCCUCCUCCAUCUCCAUCACCACUUCAAGAGAGAGGAGGUGCAUUCUUUGAUGGUGGAGGUCAGGGCUGCAUGAAAAAAUGGCCACCCCUGACUGAAGCUGACCUGGAUGAAAUGUCUGAUGAUGAAUGCUGCAGGGAGACUGAUGAUGAGGAGGCCCCUCUAAUCUUUGACCGUCGAACUUGGAAGGAGGACAAAGAAUCUAAUGAUGAAGAGGACUUGGAGCCAGUUUUGGGAGUGAGGGACACAGCAGAGGAGGCUGAUUUUAGGAGGGAGAGCGAGGAAGUGGGCACAGUGAUAUCAGCAUCUUUACCUCUGGACAGGGGCCCUGAGGUUUUAACUGCCGUAUCCCAGCUGACUGAUCCAAAAAUUUCCAGUACCCCUACUGGCCAGCCUGCCUUGGAGGAGUCCCAGGUGGAUGGGAAACCAAGAGCAGAUGGAAUAACCCAACAACAGGAAAUAGAUUCUGACAGCUCCCAUCAAAAAGACUCCCCUGUCUCACUUACCAAAAUAGUUCCACCCCUACGUCGCAAAAAGUCAAAGGACAUCCUGCAAGAGGUGUCCGAACACAAAUUAUCCCCUGAAUGGGUUCAUCAGGAGGCAGCCUCCGUCAUAGUUGGAGCAGUCCCACCUCGCCGUUCCAAGAAGAAAAAUGACAUCUUUCCUGAGACGUCCCUCCAUGAAGUUUCCAAAGGCAGCAUUGGUCAGGAGUCAGCCUCUGGUCUGGCUACUGAAAAGCUGGUCCCGCCUCCACGCACUAAGAAGACUGUCCCUCCUGCAGAGGGACUGGAUAAAGCAGGGGAUGCUGUGCGUGUGGAUAUUGCCCCGGAGACACUGAAGAACGAGAGAGAAGAAUCUUCUUUCUUCACCACGUCCCAAGCCAAGCCAGAAACCCUGCAGCCAGAGUACCUGGAGAGCCAGGCUAUAACGGGCCAAUCACAGACACUUCCUCUUGAGGCCUCGUGCGGCUCAGAGGGUGAACAGCCCGCUGCAGAGGAAAGCUUGCCGGUGGUGAAAAUGCGGAAGAAGCACCGGGAACCCGCAAGUUUGCCAGUCCCAAUGCCACGGGUAAAGAAACGAUUGAGUGCCACCUUCCCGGAUGACACUCCGCCCCAAAGCCCCUCUGGAACGUCCCCGCCUGGUGUCCCCGAAAGUAGUCUAGUCCCCUUCCAGGGGGCAGAACAACCUACCGCUCAGGAGGUGGAUUCAACGACGACGGUCAAAGGAUUGGUACCACCUCGCCGCAGCAAAAAGAGCGCGCCUAGACAGGAAGUAGCCCAAGACGGCAUCGGUCAGACCGCUGCUGGUGCUCCGCUGGCUCCAGAGCUGGUUCCACCCCGGCGCAGCAAAAAGGGCAGGCCUCUUUCAGGGGAAUUGCCCAAGGUUGGGGAUGCUGCCAGUGAGGAUCGGCCUGAGAUGGAUGCCCAACAGCUGGACCCCUCGUGUCCAGCCGCUCUGGCUGAAGCUGAAUUCCGGGACGGGAAGAAGGAAGUGGAGAGCUCGGCGGUGAUAAUGCGGCAGGCAAAAGAGGAGCCUUCAGACUUCCCGGUACCUCUGCCUCGUGCGAAGAAACGCCCGAGUGCCUCGUUUCGGGAAGAUGCCCAAAUCCUCGGUUCAUCCCCGUUUUCUGUAAUAGGCGACGACGAGAGCAAGCGAUCCUCUGCCUGGGGCAGCGAUCAGUCUUCCAAUCAGGAGGAGCUCUCUGUUUCGGGCGGCAGUGAAGGUUUUCCCCUGUCAGACUCCGAUGUGGAUGCGGAUGUUCAUUUGAAGGGGCUGGAGACGGAGAGUGAAGGUUUUGUAUUGACAGACAUGGGUGCGGACGUGGAAGCCAGUGAGGAAGAGCUGGACUCAACCCUCUGUCCCCAAACCGAAGAGGACCUCACUUUGACUGCUUCCACAGAGGAGAGGGCUGAUGAGGAGAAAGAAACAGAGAUGGUGUUAAAAGCAGAUACUGAAAGGGAGGAGAUGGAGUUUGAAGGAUGGGAGAAAGUAACAAUGAGUACAUCUACUGUUACCUUUGGUGAAGACAGCUCUGGGGGCCAGCAGAGGGCGCUGGAGAGCGCAGACUUGCCCGUGCCUAUGCCCCGUGUGAAGAAACGAUUAAGCGGUUCCUUCUCAGACGACACCCCUCCUCCAGCCACUAUGUCGAGUCCUGACGUCACCAUGACCGGUACUGACCUGGUCAGUUCCACUCAGUCCCUACUAGGAUGGUGUCAGGAGGUCACCAAGGACCACAAGGGGGUAAAGAUCUCCAACUUCACCACCUCUUGGCGCAAUGGUUUGGCAUUCUGUGCCAUCCUGCACCACUUCCAUCCAGACAAGGUAAAUUAUGAAAUGCUGGAUCCCUACGACAUCAAGCUGAACAACAAGAAGGCUUUCGACGGGUUUGCGGAGCUCGGGAUCUCCCGGCUGCUGGAGCCCACGGACAUGGUGAUGCUGAAGGUUCCGGACCGCCUGAUCGUGAUGACCUACCUGAACCAGGUCCGGACCCAGUUCACGGGGCAGCAGCUGAGCGUCCUGCAGAUCGAGCACAACAGCAGCCAGUCCAGCUACUCCGUGGGCGAGCCCCAGGACCCCGACGCCGAGGCGGCGGUCCGCUACUGCACCGAGCGGCUGCAGGCGGGCGGCAUCUCCCUGGACGCCAACGGCAAGUGCGCGGAGAGGGCCGCGGACCUGGUGCCGCCCCCUCGCGGCAAGCGGGCCCCGAGGUCGGAGGAGGGCGGCGGGCCGAGCCAGGCGGGAGGCCCGGGGGCGCCGCACCCCCCCGUCGCCCCGCCCAGGGCGCACCCCGCCGGGAAGUUCGCCCGCGUGAAGGACGCUGACCUGGUGAGGAAGCGGCGGUCGAAGCUGAAGGGCGAAUCCAUGGAAGAAGCUCCCGAGCAGAGCGGCGCUGAGGGCGCUCCAGGGCAGGCGGAAAGUGGAGCGACUGACACCUCUCCUUCCACGAGAGGACAUCAGCAGUCAGAAAAGCCAGAGGCUGGAGUCGCUGGUGAGAGGAGUUACCUGGCCGAGGAAGAGAACCAGGACACCAGUCAGUAUGUCCUGAAUGAGAUACAGGCAUUGGAGAAUGAACAGAGGCACAUAGACAACAGAGCAGGCAUUGUGGAGAGAGCCCUCAGACACCUGAUGGAGUCAGGCAGUGACCGAGUGGAAGAGGAGAGACUGAUUCAGGAGUGGUUCACUCUCGUCAACAAGAAGAACGCCCUCAUCCGGAGACAGGACCACCUGCAGCUGCUGCAGGAGGAGCAGGACUUGGAGAGGAGGUUUGAGCUGUUGACCCAAGAGCUGCGAGCCAUGAUGGCCGUCGAAGAUUGGAAGAAGACCCAGGCCCACAAACACAGGGAGCAGCUCUUGCUGCAGGAGCUGGUGUCACUGGUCAACCAGAGGGACGAGCUAGUUCGGGACAUGGAUGCUAAAGAGAGGGGGGCGCUGGAAGAAGACGAGAGGCUGGAGCGGGGGUUGGAGCUGAGGCGUAAGAAGUACAGCCGCAAAGAGAAAUGCCUGCUGCAGUGAGGGAGCAGUUCCUGUGUUACACCCUGACCUGCCCCUGCCCCCUGCCCCUUGCCCCCCCAGCCCCCUGAAUAUAACCAGUCUCCCCUUUCUCACAUCUGCCGUACAUGUGCCUGGAAUUUGACCGUAACGUCACGGUCGUGUCUUCCUAGGGGCUAGGAGAUUAUCAGCCAAUGCCCCCCGCCGCCUCCCCCCCCCCAACUACUGCCCCCCAUUUCACAGUCAGCAUUGAAUGGGUGAAGAUUUUUUUUCUGCACAUAAACUGACUUGCUGUCGUAAUCUGUUGCAGCGCAACUCCGCAAGUGACUAUUUUUGAACAAAAAAAAAAAAAAUAUAUAUAUAUAUAUAUAUAUGUUGGUGUGGAGAGUUUGUCACACCCAAGGUCAUGCCAUGGAAUGCUGGGUAAUGAACUCAGGCAGCCCACAAACACACUGUACUCUAAAUAUGCAGUAGGCUCACUGCAUUUUUAUUCAAAUCAAACAAACACAUUUUUGUGCCUAAAUGGCAGUCCUAAAGGGGCUAGCCACACCAGCAGUUUGGUUGUUGUGCAUGUGGACAGGCAUUUAGAAAUGUGUAUUGCAUAUGCUGACAGUCUGAGGUGGGAAAUAUGGAGGUGACGACUUUAUUUUGUUUUGGAUUAACUUUGACAAGUUCACAAGGAGUCAUCUUAACCCAUCACACGUCUAUUUAUUUGUUUUUAUUUAUUGAACAAAUCUCUGGCGCAGAGCUCUUGUAGACUGCCCGCGAGCGACUCUUGGGUGGACAGAUCUGUAGAAAGCACGCCGCAAAGUCAAACUACUAUUGGUCUAAACUGAUGUUAUUUGAUGUUUUUGCUUUGUUUUUUGGGGCGGAAAAAAAGGAGAAAAGUGUUUUCGUCAUUUUAUAAACCCUUGAGGCCCCAUAGAUUCACACUGAUUAGAGGAAAAAUAUAAAGAGUACUGGGCAAGUGUUUUGUGACUUUUUAUUUUUUGCUUUGGUAAGGAGAGAAAGUUAGGUAAACGUACAGAGCCACAGAUAGCAUUACAUGGCAGAGAGGAUGAUCUGCAUCUGCUGUUCUGUCCACCUGCUACUGUUCACUUUUAGCUCAGACACCUGGAGGUGUCCUAUCAAAAGGAUUCAUUUACUUUUGCCUUAAUGUUACAGUCUAAGAACAGUGCACUGAGUAUCUGAAGUAGAGAAAAUUGGAAUGAACCUGGUGAAUACACACAAGUGUACUGAGAAACACAUGAUAAGCGCAACCAAAUACUGUUCCUGGGUUCAGUGUUCUGUAUUUUUUAUUUUUUAUUUUAUUUUUCUUUCAUAGAGAAUCCCUACAUGUCCUUGUGAAUUAGCUGAACGUGUAGGCACAGAAACCGAAUUCUCAUUCUUGCCAGUUGAGAAAUGAAAAUCGCCAUUUGAGGCAUUUUAAAAAUAUGAAUCUUAUAUCUGUACUCCACUGUAGUGGAGUGCCUGGUUUUAACAUGAAUAGUUAUUCUCAAGCAACAUACCUUUAUUACAUUAACAAAUUAAGUUCAGUAAUUACCUCAUAGUUUUCAUAUGAUAUGAUGCCAAACAGUAAAUUUGAAAUAUAAGCAAAUUGCACGGACAGGCUAGUGAUAUAGUCACAUACAGCAGACUUAAUGAAAAAUAACUGAUUUGAUGAAAGAUAAGUGUGGAUAAACUAAUAGUGAAUGUUUCAUUUUUGAAAAUAUUUUUGUUUGUUUCUCUCAGAGACCUUGUUGGUUUUAUUCUAAAAUGGUGCAGCAUGUUUACACUUUGAGUGGGGGAGAAUUUACUGCCGUUCGGUUGUGAAGUUUAGUUUUGUUUCUUUGUUCUGAAAAUCUUAUCGUUUGCUUUAAAUAUUGUAUUUGCACUAUUUAUAUAUUUUAAAAAAACAAUAUCGUUUGGGGAAAUAAAUCCGUUUGAAUACUCCAAGAA